AUGCCUACGCGAUCGAGACAUAAAGGGUACAAACGCCUGACACUUCCAUACCCUUCCAGAAAUCAGUUCCCAUCAGACCCUUCACCCGCCUACGACGACGACUAUGGCUAUGAAUACAAGAGUAAAUUCGACCUUGAAAAUACCCACACACCUAUGGACCCAUACCACGUCGUCAACAGUCUCGACAACUCUCUGAUAUCCAAGGAUGCCAAUUUUAUGGGCGCCUCUAUCCCCGUGGCCGCUAAAGAGCAGAAAAAGUCUGGAAAAUUUGGCCUCGGUCUAGGAAUCACAAUGGCUGAACGCAAAUCGCCUAUUCCUGAACAUGCCGAGCACCUCGCUGAGGAUAAUGAAAGUCAUUCGUUAACGCCUCCUCCACCACCUGCCUACCUCCGCAACCCGCGUUGGGACAUGUAG